AUGAUGACUAUGAUUUUCGCUGUGGAUGAAAUUAAUCAUAAUUCAAGCCUAUUACCAGGUGUUAAACUAGGCUACAGAAUUAUGGACAGCUGUGACCAUGUCCACACCAGUCUGGAAGCACUUUUUUCCUUAAUCAGUUACUCCAAAACUGUGAAAAAAACAGCAGAAACUGAAAACAGCAGAAUUCAAAUGGAGGGAUGUCUGAAUUAUUCUCCGGUGCCUGCUGUGAUUGGUCUUGCAUCAUCCACCCCUACAAGAGCUGUAGCUCACACGCUUGGCCCUUUCAACAUACCACUGGUGAGUUAUUUUGCCACUUGUAGCUGUCUUACUGACAAGCAUUUGUACCCAUCAUUUUUGAGAACUGUGCCAAGUGAUCUCUUUCAAGUUAGAGGUCUUGUAAAGCUUGUCACUUACUUUGGCUGGUUCUGGGUGGGCACAAUAGGAGCUACGGACGAUUACAGUCUUUAUGGUAUCCAAGCAUUCUCUAUUCAGUUUGGACAACAAGGUGGGUGUGCGGCAUUUCAUCUCACAAUCCCAACAUCACCCACAGUGGCUGAGAUACAAAAAAUGGCAGACAAACUCCAGAGGUCAACCGCUCGGGUUGUGGUGGUGUUUGCCAAAGAAGUAAAUUUGCUAGAUUUGUUUUUAGAAGGAACACUGGGUUUCUCCUUCCCUGGAGUCAGCAUCCCUGGCUUGGAAGAGUUUCUUCUGAAUGUCCGACCAUCCCCCAAGCCAGGGAUGGAGCUUGUCAAUAUGUUCUGGGAAGAAUAUUUUGGUUGUAAGCUAGAGUUUGAAAGAGACAGAAUUGAUAAAAAUAAUGAAAGUGCUGUGAAAAAAACUGUAUGCACAGGAUCAGAGGAUCUCAGUUACAUGGAUAGCAGUUAUAGUGAUGUAUCUCAGGUCCGAAUAUCCUAUAAUGUGUAUAAAGCUGUGUAUGCCGUUGCCCAUGCUCUGCACACUUUCUUAAACUGUAAUUCAACAGGACCUAGCGGGGGAUUGUGUGAGAUGCACAGCUCAUUUACAAAUGGUCAGUUUCUUCAAUAUCUGAAAAUGGUGAAUUUCACCAACCAGUUUGAUGAGAAAGUAUAUUUCGACUCCAAUGGAGAGCCAGUCCCUCUCUAUGACAUCAUUAAUUGGCAGAAGGACAGCAAAAAUGAAAUUAGUUUUGUCAAGGUAGGAAGUUAUGAUGGUUCAGCUCAGCAAGGACAACAGCUCCAGAUAUUGAAGAACACUAUAGUGUGGACAACAAGACAGUCACAGGUUCCUGUAUCUCAGUGUAGUGCUCCAUGUCGCCCUGGCAGCAGGCAGGCCACACGCCAAGGAGAGCCCAAAUGCUGCUUUGAUUGCUUGCCCUGUGCAGAUGGAGAGAUCAGCAACCAGACCGGUUCCACUGAAUGUAUCAAAUGUCCUGAAUACUACUGGUCAGACAAAGACAAGGUGAAAUGUGUUGCAGGGGAAGAAGAGUUCCUCUCUUUCUAUGAUGCCAUGGGUAUCAUCCUGGUUGCACUCACUCUGCUGGGAUUCAUUCUGACAUCCAUUGUCACCAUUCUGUUUCACAGUUUUCGCUAUACACCCAUUGUCAAGGCCAACAACUCAGAAAUAAGUUUCUUGCUUCUCCUGUCACUCAAGCUCUGUUUCCUGUGUUCUCUGGUGUUCAUUGGUCAGCCGUCUUGGUGGACAUGUAGGCUCCGCCAGGCAGCAUUUGGGAUCAGCUUUGUCCUGUGUUUGUCCUGCCUCCUUGUUAAGACCAUUGUGGUCCUCCUGGCUUUCCAAACUAAUAACCCUGGUUCCAGGGGUCGGAUGCUGUUUGGUACAUCCCAGCAGAGAAUUUUGAUCUUGUGCACUACAGCUCCUCAGAUUUUUCUCUCUACUGGCUGGGUGUUGGGUGCACCUCCAUUUCCAUUUAGGAAUUCAAACUACCAAGGUAUAACUGGAAAAAUUGUUGUGGAGUGUAAAGAGCCAUGGCCUCCUGGAUUCUACCUGCUCCUUGGUUACAUUGGCCUCCUGGCCUUUGUCUGUCUUCUCCUGGCAUUCUUUGGAAGAAAGCUACCGGACACAUUCAACGAAGCGAAGUUCAUCACCUUCAGCAUGCUGAUUUUCUGGGCUGUGUGGAUUUCUUUUAUUCCAGCUUAUGUCAGCUCUCCUGCGAAAUUUUCUGUGGCAGUGGAAAUAUUUGCUAUCUUAGCAUCCAGUUUUGGAUUGUUACUAUGUAUUUUUAUUCCCAAAUGUUACAUUAUUUUACUGCACCCUGAGAGGAAUAUUAAGAAAGGCAUGACUGGGAAAUAUCAAAGAUGAACAUUUAUAUUCUCAGUGUUUGUGAGAGUAAACAAUUUAUACAGUUAUCAUAUUUUAAUGUGAUAAAAAUAAAAUGCCACAUGAUCAUUACAUUAUUGUUAAAAGCUUUUACUUUCCAACAUAACCUUGAUUUCACCAUUUACUCUGUCCUUUAGGGAGCAUUGUCUAAACGUUAGACAAACUGAACAGGGGGGUUAAGCCACCAUAGAGAAACCUUUUUUUAAAACAUUUGAAACCAGAUUAAUUGUGCAAUUUAGUUAUUGUAUUAUGA